AGAGCCUUCUGCUGUUGUUUCCCGGUGAACGCAAUCCAGUUGGACUGAGGGGCCUGGGGGUAACUCUUAAGAAGAGUCAUUGGAUUAGCGUGUGAGCAUCUGCUUCUAGCCAUCUACAGUCAACGGUAAACACCUUGAGAGCUACACUGGACUCAACAGAACCGUCUUCAUGGUGCGUUUUCUUGAGUUCACAAUUUAGGAUGAAGAAUGUGGAGAUUUUACAUUUGCCACUGCUGUUUUUGUUUGCGCAACCCUGCUUUGCACAAGCAGACUUUGCUCCUUAUUUCUACGACAAUGGACCCGACAGCAACAAUGGGAACCUGGCUCUCUUCAGCCUCUCUGAAGACACCCCUGUUGGUACACAGAUCUACCAUCUCAAUGGAACAGACCCUGAGGGGCAAGAGGUGAGGUAUGGUCUAUCUUUUGAUCCGGGCUUAAAAGAGUACUUCAGGAUCGACCCGAAAUCUGGAAAUAUAACGUUAGUGGAAAAGCUGGACAGAGAGAAAGAAGAUUCCAUUGAUGUUAUUAUCAGCAUCACAGAUGGAAGAAGCAAGGUUGUAGAAAGAGUCACCAUAUUUGUUACAGAUGCAAAUGAUGAAAGACCCGAAUUCCAAAACUUGCCUGCAAUCAUUGAUGUGGUGGAAACAACUGAGUCUGGAAGUAGCAUCUACAAAGUGGAGGCUUUGGACAGAGACACAGGCUCAGGAGGGUCAUUCACCUUCCAUCUACAGACAUCUCAGCAGUCUUUGUUCGCCAUUGAUAUUCAUAGUGGUGUUCUUCGUAUCAAAUCUGGGGAAAUGUUGGAUUAUGAGAAAACAAAGACACAUUUUGUCGCCGUCAUUGUAAAGGAUGGAGGUGGCAACUUUAAUGGCAAAGAGCAGGUGCAGUCAUCCUCUGCCACUUUGACAGUCAAUGUGAUUGAUGCACAAGACACCCCACCAUCUUUCAUUGGGACGCCCUACUUUGGCUAUGUUUAUGAAAUCUCUUUGCCUGGAUCUGACAUUUUUACAGUUACUGCCAUAGAUGGUGAUGUGGGGAACCCAAAUCCAAUCCAUUACUCAUUUGUCGAAGGUGAUGAUGGUGUUUUUGGUAUCAAUCAGACAAGUGGUUGCAUCUCACUGCUGACUCCACCCAUUUCUCUGAAGAGAGAAAUUUUUAACAUUAAAGUCAGGGCCUCAGAAGUGAGUCCUGAGGGCAAGCUGUUGGACUACGAGCUGACCACAGUGGUGAUACGUGUCGUUGAUCUAAAUAACAAUCCACCCACUUUUUAUGGAGACAAGGGCCCACAGAACAAGUUUGAGCUGACCAUGUAUGAGCAUCCACCUGAGGGGGAGAUACUGCGGGGCUUGAAAAUCAUAGUCAAUGACUCAGAUCAGGGUGCAAAUGCAAAAUUCAAUCUGAGACUGACUGGACCGGGACGAAUGCUGCGAGUCGUUCCUCAGACUGUACUAAAUGAGGCCCAAGUCACAAUCUUAGUAGAGGACUCUGCUGCCAUGGACUAUGAGAGACACCAUUUUCUGACAUACAAGCUACUUGCAGUUGAGAUUGAUACUCCAGAGAGAUUUAGUGCAACAGCAGAAAUUGUCAUUCAUCUCCUGGACACCAAUGACAAUGCUCCGAAAUUCUCCUCAGAUUACUAUAUUGCCAGAAUUCCAGAAAACUCUCCAGGCAGCUCAAAUGUUGUGUCAGUCACGGCUGCUGACCCAGACUCAGGACCUUGGGGUGAAGUGAGGUACUCCAUCUAUGGAUCUGGGGCUGAGUUGUUCUUCAUUGAGCCUGAAUCUGGGAUCAUCUACACCCAGCCAUGGGCAAGCCUGGAUGCUGAGGUGAGGUCUAAGUAUAACUUCUACGUGAAGGCAGAGGAUGCAGAGGGAAAGUACAGCCUGGCUGAAGUAUUUGUGACUGUGUUGGAUCUAAAUGACCAUCCACCUGCUUUCAAUAAUAACGUCCUUGAGAAGACCAUGGUGAUUGGAGCACCGGUAAAAAUAGAGGCAGUGGACGAUGAUGCAGAAGUACCCAACAAUGUUAUUGAGUACGCCAUCAUGAAAGCUGAGCCAGACAACAAUAUAUUUGACAUUAAUUCUGAUACUGGAGAAAUACAGCUCAAGUCCUAUAUCAAGUCAAUGGCUAUCAUUCAGAACAUAACCAAGAAAAGAGACUGCACCUGGUCGCUGGUGGUGCAGGCACGGGACCGGGGCCAGCCUUCCUUCAGCACCACAGCUGUCGUCAAAAUCGAUAUCACCGAAGCGAUCAAAUCCAGAUUUGUCUCAUACUUCUUGGGCCUAAGGAAACGUCCGGGGGCAACCCAACACAAAGGGGGGCCUUUGGGAUCACUUUUAAUGCAGAAUAGAAACAAGCCAAUGCAGAUCAUAGGUGUGCUUGCUGGCAUCAUUAGUCUCAUGGUCGUAAUCACAGUCAUCAUCUCCACUGCAACAUUCAUGCGCAACAAAAAGUCAAACCGGAUCCUGCCAAACCGCCGUGUCCGGAGGAGGGCGCAGAAGAAACAUACCUGGAACUUCAAAAACCCUUUCAGGACACUGGAAACCCCAAAAGAGGGAUUCGUUGUUGAGGAGGAAGUCCGAGAGCCGAAGGUUAUUGUGGAGAAUGUAAAUUGUAACAAUAAUGUCAGCAAUGUUGUGAGACACUGGCCCCUACCUCCUUGUGCACCUUCUCUUCCCCCUCCACCACCCCUCAACAUGCCAAUACAGCGGCAGUGGGCUGUCCCAACAGUCUCUGCAACUGUGGCAUCCAAACCUCGAAAGAAGCCAGUGACAGAUAGACGGGACACAGUGAACAAAGAACUUGUUUCAGAGCUCAAGAUGAGACUGGAGCAGAAGAGGAGGGCCAUGCCCUAAUUCUACUUGUCGGCUGAACAACAGCGUCAACACGAGGUGGCUGACCAAAGCUUGCAGAGGCCGAUGUCGACGAUAAAAAACGAACUCACUCAUGAAUAAUGCUGUGCGUGUUCACAUGUGGGUGUCCGUAUGUGUGUUUUUUGUGCGUGCAUCUGUCUGAAUGAGAAUGUGAGUGUAAAGCACACUGAAAGAGCAAGAGUUUCUUUCAUUUUGUAUCACUAAGAAUUUUCACAUACCAAGUUCCUGUCAUGUGUCUGAUGUUUUCAAUUUCCAACCAUUCUGUUAAUUUUAUCAUUCCAUUUUUUUGUUUUGUUUCAUCGUGUAAAAGCGGAAUGUCCCUUUUGCAUCCAGUGGUGACUCUUUAGUGACGUUUGAGAACUGAAACCCUGAACUUGGACUUUAUUCUAAUAAGUAAAACUGUUUAUUAGGAAUAACACCCAGCUUCUUCCAAGAUAUCUAAUAACACUGAUUAAAUGAACCAGCUCCAAGAGUAUCAAAGUGAUCCUAUUAUUGUAGUGUGCAGGUGUAAAGCACUACAUAGGGCCCUGUUUUGCUGCAGACACUUUAGGUUUGUUGUUCUCAUGUGAAGGGCUGCAUUUGGUCUUUCCUUAUAUAGCAGAAAAGAAUUUAUCAGCGGGUGUGUUGUUGUCAAAACAGUCAUUCUGUCAAAAGAUCUGUAAUAAUUUUACAACUGAUUAAAAAAA